AUUUUACUUAGCUUUUAAUCAACAGAAAUUUUUAAUUAUGUCUGAUAUGGAUAAGCACAGAGUUUUUUUUGAUAUAUCUAUUGGUGGUGAUAAAGUUGGACGAAUUGUAUUUGAGUUAUUCUAUGAUAAAGUUCCAAAGACAGCUGAGAAUUUUCGAUCAUUGUGUGUAGGGGAUAAAGGAAUUGGGAGAAAAGAAAAACCACUGCAUUUUAAAGGAUCUAUUUUUCACAGAAUCAUAAAAGAUUUCAUGAUUCAAGGUGGCGAUUUUACAGAUUCAAAUGGCACUGGAGGAGAAUCUAUUUAUGGAGAGAAGUUUGAAGAUGAAAACUUUUAUUAUAAACAUGAUGCGGCUGGUCUACUCUCUAUGGCUAACUCUGGUCCUGGAACUAAUGGAAGUCAGUUUUUUAUUACAACAGUACCUACUCCUCAUUUAGAUAACAAGCAUGUUGUCUUUGGAAAAGUUUUGAAAGGAAUGGGUGUAGUAAGAGAACUAGAAAAUGUUGAUAAAAGUGGUGAAAAGCCUAUAAAGGUAUGUUGCAUUGAAGAUUGUGGUGAGAUUUUACCAGGCGAAAAUGAUGGGUUUAUUCAAGAUGAUGGAACAGGUGACAUUCUUCCUGAUUCUCCUGAAGAUUCAGACGUUAAUUUUAGUAAUAUUGAAGAUGUAAUUGCUGUUGUUGAAAAAGUAAAAGCAUGUGGAAAUAAUCAGUUCAAGACCCAAAAUUAUAUAACAGCUUUAAAAAAAUACAAGAAAGCAAUUAAGUAUAUUAAAUAUGCAAGUAAAACAUCAGAUAUUUCUGAAGAUGAUUCUGACCAUGCUGUAGAAGUGGAAGCCAAAAUUAGUGUUAAAGCUGAUUUUAAUAGUAAAUCAAAGGCAAUUUUAGAUGCAUUACUUAUAAAUUGUUUCUUAAAUAGUGCUGCUUGUAUGUUAAAGUCAAAUGAGAAUCAAUCUGCUAUCAAAGAUCUUGAUGAAGUGCUUUCUAUUGAUUCCAAAAACAUUAAGGCUUUGUACAGAAGAGCUCAAGCUAACAUUAGUAUGAAAGAUUUAGAGCAAGCAAAGGUUGAUCUUCAGUUAGCACUACAGAUUGCACCAGAUGAUAAAGCUAUACGAAAUGAAAUGACCGCCGUAAAAAAGCUGCUUGAAGAACAAAAGAAACGUGAAAAAAUUAUUUAUUCGAAAUUAUUUAACUGCUAAUAAGUCGUAAAAAAGCUGCUUGAAGAACAAAAGAAACAGGACAUGAUAGUCGUGAAAGCUGCUUGAAGAGCAAAAGAAACAGGAGAAAAUUAUAUAUUCAAUAUUAUUUAACAGCUAAUGUGGUACUACGAAAUAAAAAAUAAAAAAGUUUGGGUAUGGUAUAUACAAGAAAUGUAAUUUGUUUUACAAGUUAUAAUAUUGUGAAA